AUGGUUCAAGAAAAGUUCUACACCCUUUGUCAAUGCCGUAUGAAAGACAUGGUUUCCAAGGCAGCAGGUCAUCGAGAUCAAGCAAAACCGACUUGGAUUGAGAGUACUCUUUGGAAGGAAAUGUGUGACUAUUGGGACACAGAAGAAGCCAUAGCAAAGAGUGAAACCACUUCAGCAGCUCGAAUGUCUGACCGUAAUGAUCUUGGUCCUCACAAACAUGUAUCAGGGACGAAGUCUUACUUACAAAUCAAACAGGAGAUGUGGUUCUUCCAAGGACUGGUCGAUGUGAAGCGAGCGGGAAAAGAGAAAAAGGAUAACGCGAUGAUCGAUCACUUGCUUUCUCUGCAAGAAUCUCAACCUGAGUACUACACGGACCAAACCGUUAAAGGAAAUAUAAUCUCUCUUAUAGUGACGGGCACUGAUACAUCAGCGGUAACAUUGGAAUGGGCAUUGUCAAGCCUAUUGAACCAUCCGGAUGUACUAAAAAAGGCGAGAGAUGAAAUCAACAAUAAAUUUGGUUUCGACAAGCUUAUUGAAGAAUCAGCCAUCGCCAAUCUUUCUUAUCUUCCAAAUAAUGUCUCUGAAACGUUGCGGAUGUACCCGCAACACCAUUGUUGGUCCCUCAUGUCGCAUCAGAAGACUGUAAAGUGGCAGGUUAUGAAUGUCGAGUUGCACGAGGUUAUUGGUGAAUGUGUGGACCAUACAAAGAGAUCCUCAGCUAUGGGAUGA